CUCUAAUGUCCUCUAACCGGGUCCCAGGGCUGUCGUAUAGCUUUGCACCAUGGCAUCAUUACCAACCAGCGCCGUCCUAGGCGCCCUGUUGUCCCUAAUCAUCUACAUCGCCUACAGAAAAUGUCGACCUCACCCAAUCCCGGGAAUCCCAUACAACGAGGACUCGGCCAACCGGCUCCUGGGCGACCUGCCCAGGGUGAAGCAAUACGCGCGAGAAACCGGCGAAAAGCUAAGCUGGUUCGCGCUGGAGGCCCAAAAGAUGGGCACCCCGAUCUUCCAGGUGUUCAUCAAGCCGCUGUCAAAGCCAUGGGUCGUAGUCACGGAUUCCCGCGAGAGCUACGACAUCCUGCUGAGACGCACGAAAGAGUUCGAUCGCAGCGACACGUUCGGAAAUAUUUUCCGCGGCUUGGUCCCUGAUCAUCAUAUCUCCAUGAAGUCGACGAACCCCGAGUUCAAGGGCCAUCGACGGCUGAUCCAGGAUCUGAUGACGCCGCAGUUUUUGAACGAGGUCUCCGCCCCACGGCUAUACGCAUCGUUCUCGGCUCUCUUCGACCUGUGGACUGAAAAGGCGCGCCUGGCUCAAGGCCGCCCCUUUGUCGCAGGCGAUGACUUCUUCGCCGCAGCGCUAGACGCAAUCUGGGGCGUCACUUUCCCGCAAGAUCUGAAAGACGGGAUUAUCCACGCCCGGCUCCAGCUCCUCCGUUCUCUGGAACGUCUCCCAACAGGCUCAUUCACCGACAAUGACGACGAUGCUGUGCCGUUCCCGGAGCCGCCGAUGCCGGCUGCGCAGGACGCCAUCCUCACGCUCACGGACAGCCUGGAGAAAACGCUGAUCGCGCCCAUCCCGGCGCUGUCGUUCAAACUCCUCAGUAUGACGAAGGCUAUGCGCGACGCUAGAGCCGUCAAAGAGGAGAUGAUCGCGUCGGAACUCGCCCGCGGGAAAGCCCGACUCGUGGAGCAAGCCAACGGCGAGCAACCAGCCACCAGAUGCGCCAUGGACGACAUCCUGCGCCGCGAGAUCGCCGCCGCGCAGAAGCAGAACCGCGAACCUGAUUACGACACCCGAACCAUGUAUGACGAGCUCUUCGGCCUCCUCGUAGCCGGCCACGACACAACCUCCACAACAGCAACCUGGGGUCUAAAAUUCCUCUCCGACCACCAAGAAGUGCAAACCAAGCUGCGCAGCGCCCUGCACGCCAACUUCUCCACCGCGCUGCGCGAAAACCGCCGCCCCACAGCAGACGAAAUCGCCAAAACCCACAUCCCCUACCUCGACGCCACGCAGGAAGAAAUCAUCCGCAAAUCAAACACCGGCUCCGCCAUCUCCCGCACAACCACGACAGACGUCGUCCUCCUCGGCCACCACAUCCCCAAGGGCACAACCGUCUUCCUAAUGGGCAACGGGCCCGAUUUCCACGCUCCACCCGUAGGAUCCAUCGCCGAGCAUGAGCGCAGCGAGAGCUGCCAGAAGGCGAAGGGGAGGGUCGGCGUGUGGGAUCCGUCUGACUCGCACUUGUUCAAGCCCGAGCGGUGGCUGACUACUGACCCCGACACCGGGAAAGAAGUGUUCGAUUCGACCGCGGGGCCGUUUUUGACGUUCGGGCUGGGCCCGCGGGGGUGUUUUGGGCGACGGAUGGCGUACAUGGAGCUGAAGAUUGUGUUUGUGCUGUUGCUUUGGGACUUUGAGUUGCGGGUUCUGCCGGAGAAGGUGAAUUCUUAUGCGGCUGUUGACAAGUUGACGCAUCAGCCGAGGCAGUGUUAUCUGCGGUUGAGGAGUUUGCGUGAGGCGGCGUCUUCGACGACGACUACUAAAACGGCACCCGGGGACUGCUGAUUGGGGGGUACGGCUUGUAUAUCUGUUGGGAGGAUCUUUGAUUGAUUUACUUGGAUUGUAUGUAGAUUUGCAGCUAUGGAUAGGAAUAUAUGUAUAUAUGUGACGCA